UUUUAACUUUUUCAAACUUCCAUUAAACUUCCAUUAAAGUUUCAGCUACAGUUUCAAUUUCGACCAAAAAUGAAAGAGAACUAAAUAUUUAUUUUUGUCAAAACUAUUUUUAGUUGAAACUUAGAUAAGUGAAUUCAGUCAAUCUUUUUCCUCGGUUUCCUUCUCGGAGCUAUCGCCUUUCAUUAUCAUCUGCGUUGAAUCUUUUACUUUUUUGGACUCUUGCGCAAGACGACGAUUAGUCGUGGAAUCUCUCUUUAGUACAAGAUCAAGCAGUAAGAAGUUAGCAGUUCUGUCAGAGUUUGCAUUUUUUCGUGCUUGAUAAGGAAAGGCGCAGAUGGCUGAUUAAGAUAAAGAUAAAGAUUGCCACAACCGCAAUAUCAUUGCGCGCAGUAUGUUGGAAGUGAGAAUCUAGAGCUAAUUCAAGUAUACCAUUUAUCUAACAACACGGCUACGUAAUCCGGUUUUGACACCCUGUGAAUAUAAGUUCUGUUCACAACGCAUAUACAUUUAACUUCGUGGCCUGGAUCGUGAGGAAAGCUGUACAGUGGAAUUCACUUUAUUCUGUACCUGUACGUUUAGUCUACCGACAAACAUUAGAAGAAAGACCGAGAAAUAAAAAUGAACAUCAUAGUCUGCCUUUUCAUUUUCAAUGCGGCUAUUGUAGGAGGAUUGGGAUUGUUCAUCAAUUAUAUGGAACCUUAUUUGCCUAUAUGGUUGAUACGCACUUAUCUUUAUGGCAAAAUCAAAGCGAAAGUUCAUCACGCCACAGUGGCGAAAUAUGAACUACCUAAAAAAUGGUUUAAACACUUUUACAUUUUCGCUGCACCAGGAUCGACGGUUAUACUUUGUUUGCUACUCUAUAAGUAUUUUUAUAACGGGAAAAUAGCCGAAAUUUUAUUAACAUUAUUAGAUACAUUAUUUGGAGCGUCCAGAAAACCUUUAGUACCAGCAGAAAAUGUAAUUGUAGCUAUUAUUUUAUAUAACAUACAUUGUUGGAGACGACUGUAUGAAUCAACUUAUGUCAACAUAUUUAGCGAUCAGAAAAUAAAUGUGGUCCAUUAUUUACUUGCAUAUAUACAUUAUUUGGGAACGCUUUUGUGUUUCUUGGGCGAAUCCGAGGGAUUUGUUAGAGAUUCUUACACGAAUAGACGCUGGAAUCCAUUGACAAUCACCACACUUGUUUCUGCGUUCAUAUUUCUAUGGGCCUCGUAUAUACAGCUUCACAGUAAUUUUAUUCUCGCAAAGCUGCGUAAGAAUAAAGACGGUGCUGUUGUGUCUUACAGUCAUAAUGUGCCAUUUCAUGGAUUGUUCGAAUAUAUAUCAAAUCCGUUGCAAUUCACAGAGAUACUGAUGUAUUUCAUGUUAUCUCUAAUCCUCUGGCGAGCUUCUACUUAUCAUUACGUCACUUUUUGGGUUGCAGUGAAUCAGGCUGAGGCCGCGUAUUUGUCUCACCAGUGGUAUCAUAACAAUUUUAAAGAUUAUCCCAAGAAGAGAAAAAUUUUAAUUCCUUAUGUCUGGUAGAGUAAUAGAUAUAGACCAUACGACUAAAUUUAUACAAUGAGAAUAGAAAGAGAUAAGAAUAAAGGCAAUAGAAAGACAAAUAGAAAGCAAAACUAAUCAUAUUGUAUAUUUGAGAAUAAUCGAUAUGAUUCGAUAUUGCUGCACAUUCAUAUACAUAAAAAUAAUAAGUUGUCAAUAAAAUAUGGAUUGUAUUUUAUGUUACAUACAUCGUGAUAAAAAGAAAAUUAUGAUAUAUUUAUAACAAUA